AUGAGUGCUAUACCCCUUAUACCGUUUGGCCCACAUGCCACAUGUACUCUGGACCUUUGCCCCUUGGAGAUGUCCGUUUUGCAAUAUCGUCCGUCUCUCGGCAGCAGCAUCGCUUUCAUGUGCAUCUUUUCCGCCCUUCUAUUAAUCCACAGUAUACUUGGAUUCGUCUGGAAAAGUUGGUGGUUUCUAGGUUGUAUGGCGGUAGGGUCCGUGACCGAGGUAAUUGGUUAUGGUGGACGUGUGAUGCUUUUCUACAACCCGUUCAGCUUUUCUGGAUUCAUGAUGCAGAUCAGUACCAGCAAUUACUUACAUUUAACCUUUUGUUCGAUAUUUUGCAUCGGUACCGCCCCCGUCUUCUACUCCGCGGCGAUCUACGUGACGAUGGCGAAGAUCGCGGAAAACCUUGAUCCGUCUCUUUCUCGCAUUAAGCCAAAGCUCUACUACGUUGUCUUCAUUGUAUCAGAUGUAUUCUCCCUUACGUUACAAGGCAUUGGCGGUGGGUUGACGACGUCAAGCUCCGGCCAGAAUCGGGCAUCAGUCGACCUAAGUCUCGUCGGGCUAUGCUUCCAAGUAUUCUCCAUGGUCGUCUUCUGCGGCCUUCUCGCCGACUACCUGUUCCGGUACUUCAAGAGUACAAGGCGGACGAUUAAUAGCCCUCGCUUAAAGCCUUUCUUGAUCUUUCUCACCGCCGCGGUCCUACUUGUUCUAGCACGAUGCGGAUACCGAGUUGCUGAACUAAGCGAUGGGUAUAGAGGAGGCCUGAUCAGUAACGAGCCCCUCUUUAUUGCGCUUGACAGUGUUCUCAUCGCUUUAGCCGUGCUCGCGUUGUGUGUCGGUCAUCCUGGGUUUGUGUUCUUGCCGUCUGAGCUAGGAUUGAAGAUAUCUAAGAUAUCUAGUGAGUAUGGGAUUAUACUACAAAAUAAAUAA